AAUUUUCAUGAUAGCUAAUGGUUCCCGCAACUUGUGAAAUUGCUAUAUUUUUGUUUAUAUUCCUUGACCACUAAUCAGAGACUAGGGAGAGCAGAAAAGUGCAGUUAGUGGAGCAGCCAGGCCGAAAGACAGUGAGCAGAAGUCCUCAAGCUGUAAGAAUAGGGCCUGUAAGUCAAGGUCGUCCCAUGUCUGCUGAUGAUAUCCAGAAAGCAAAAAUGCGUGCUGUAUUUAUGCAAAGCAAAUAUGGGAAACCAGGUUCAUCUAAAGGAAGUAAAGAAGCAAAGACUGAUGGUCUGAAUAAACCUCAGACAAAUCAGGCUGGUCUUCGGGCUUCCUCAUCUAAAGUUCCGGUAUCAACCAAAACUGAUGAAGAUAGCCAACCUCUGUUGCUUCCUUCUAAAAACUUCUACUAUGAAGGAUGCUUCUUCCUAAUCAUAUUAGAGAAUGGAUUUGAAGGAACCUUUCUGGUUGAAGUGCAAGCAGGUGCAAAUCCCGUGGAAGACACCGGCAGGGGGGGUAAAAGAUUGCAGCCUAUAUUAGGAGGUUUCUCGAUGUUGGGUAGGGAGAGAUAUACCAUAAUUGAAUCUGCGCAAAUUUUCUUGGAGGAUGAUUCCGAUGCUUCUUUGCAGCUUCAUCUUUUAUAAAUAGUUU